AUGGGUGCGCUUGCAGAUGCGACGACAGCGGCGGUGGCGGCGGCGGCAGAGGAACCGCUCCAUUACGAACUGCGUCGCUCCCUUCCUUGGUGGUACAGAGCGCUCGCGGGCGUGACUGUGCCCUCUGUUCACUCUGCCAUCGGUUACACCGUCAAGCAGUGCAAGGACAGGCUCGCCCAGCAAGUAGAAGCUGAUGCUGAGCGCGUUGCUGCGGUGUCUGCGCUUGUGGACAAGCUGGCCAAGGGCGUGACAAUGCCCAAAGUCUUUGAUCUCCUCAACCUCUGUCGCCCGCGCACACCGGCCGUCCCCAUUGCCUCCGUUUCCCAAUGUGACGCUGUGUCUGGGAAGCUGCGGGCGAAAGGCAUUGCGUUCCUUGAUGAUCUUCUCGGCGACGUGAUGGAGGACCACGAGCUGCUGAAGACGGUCCUGCCCAACGCUCUCAAGCGAAACUCCGUCUUUGUCGACUACACGGCAAAGCUUCACGCAAAGGGGCUUGAAAUCGACCCAGCGUCGUUUAGUGCAGUGGCACUGCACCCAACCACAUCUGUGGCCUUUACAGCAACGCCGUGGUCCUUCCAAGUGAACAAGUCCUCCAUCACCAUUACCGCAGGCGCUGAAGCUGCCUCCCAGCCGCAGAGGGUGGAGUUCCGCCACACGCCGCAGCUGGAGCAACUGCUGAAGCGUGUGCAGGGACUCCAGGACGGCGACGGCGCCUCGUUCCAGCUGCAUGAGCUCGCCACCGCCGUGUCCCCACGUGACGACUUUGAGGUCGCCUGCCUGGUCAGGGUCCUCGCUCGCCUGAACGUGCUCGAGCCGGCAGCGGCCAACAAACAGCACGCAGCCGAUGGCGACCACGGUGAAGCAUCCGUGCCCGAGCAAUACGAACACCUCAUCACCGACACGCCCGCACCGCCGCCUGUCACAGACACGCAGCAGCAGCAGCAGCAGGAGGAGAAGAAGAAGGAGGAGGAGGAGGAGGAGGAAGGUGACGAGGUGGAGAUUGUGACAGACGAUGAUGGGAGGGCAGACGAAAACUCGGAGCCGAAAAAGGACUAG